AAUCACCUCUGGGUUUUUUAUUUUUUCUUAAACAAACCAAAAACCACAGAAAAUUUUGAAAGAAACAAAACAUUUUUUCUUAGUUUUUGUUAUAAAAUUUUGUAAAUGAGUGUUUUUUCUCCUUCACUGAUGUGCGCUAAUGAGGUUGCACUGAUGGGCACUGAUAGGCAGCACUGAUAUAUGGCACUGAUAGGAGGCACUGACUGGCACUGAUAGGCGGCACUGACAGGUGGCACUGACUGGCACUGAUAGGC